AUGGGGAAAUAUAAAUUCGAGACUCUUUCAAUAUCCUUUCCUUCCGAAUAUGUUAUAAAUGUUCAAUUAAAUAGAGCUGCGAAAUUGAACGCUUUCAAUACAGCUUUAUGGCGAGACAUGAAAGAAUGUUUUACGGUCAUAAAAGAUGAUUCUAACGUCAGAGCUGUGAUCUUAUCGGCUGCUGGAAAGCACUUUACGGCUGGAAUUGAUUUAAACGACUUUCCAAGGGUGGAAGGCUAUGAUGGUGCGCGAACGGCACACCGCUUGCGAGCGAUUAUAAGGUCUAUGCAAGAAUCCAUAAAUGUAGUUGAGACUUGCGAUAAGCCAGUCAUCGCCGUGGUCCAUGGCGCAUGCCUGGGUGCAGGGAUCGAUCUAAUAACCGCCUGUGAUGUUCGAUAUUGUUCUCGAGAUGCGUCCUUCAGCGUCAAGGAAGUUGAUAUAAGCAUAGCAGCUGAUCUUGGCACAUUGCAGCGUCUUCCAAAAGUAACUGGUAAUGAUAGCGCUGUAAGAGAACUCUGUCUUACUGGUCGCAGGCAAGUUUACCACGAAGCCGCGAGUAUUGGACUAAUAAACAGAGUGUUGGAUAACAAAGAGGCUGCCAUGGCUGAAGCAGACAAAACGGCAAUUCUCAUUGCAUCAAAGUCGCCUGUUGCUACGACGGGAACAAAGCAUCUGUUGAAUUAUUCGCGUGAUCAUUCUGUUGCUGAAGGACUCUCUUAUACAUUAGCAUGGAGUCAGGCUAUGACGAAUACUCAG